GUAUCACAGACGACUCCACUUUAUGGCAUUAAUUCUUAAGAUCAAGCUCUUUAACUCUUUCAAAAAUAGACCAAGAAAGCCAAAAUUUAAUCUUCAUCUGAAACCUUGAUACUGUAGGUGUGGUCCAAAUCAUAAAAGAUUUAUUGAUUGGCGUUUUCCACCACACUCAAGAAUUUUUCAGUUAUUUGGUGGCGCCCAGGUUUUAUUGGUGGAAGAGAGAACCCAGAUACAAUGUUCGUUAUCUUCACCUUUCAUGUAAUUAAGCUGUUUGAUAUUCUAAAAAAAAAAAAAAAUUAUCAGGAAAACAAACUUGUACCAAAAAUUUAAUUAAAGCUUGGUUUCUAAUGAUAGUGUGUCUUAAUCAUGUAACACUGGCGACAAAUCUAAUCGGUAUUGCAGGGUUAAACAAAGUGUGAUAUAAUGGUAGAAAAGAUCCUAAACGAGAGGGGAUGAAGCCAAUAUACUGCCCAUACUGGUGGGAUACUUGUCAUGAAUCGCCCAAACACAGCAGCUAGGGAUGAUCCGCCGAACACCCACACCAAGGCGCCCAUGGUGACACAAGAUAAAUGUUGAACACCCACUCCCAGGCGCCCAUGGUGCUCCAAGAUAAACUGCUGAUGGGCAGCAUACUUCUUCCCCUUAUUGUAAUCCUCGUCCUGUGGCAGGGCGAAGACAUCUUGUCUGUACAUCUGGGCAAUGGUCAAAACAAGCUCGUCCAGCAUUAACAGCUGGAAGUCCUACAGUAAAAUAUACAAGUGUUUUAUAUAAAAGUCCUCAUUACAAACACAGUGUGUCUUAGAAUACACAUAUUUCAUAUCAGUUUCCAUAGGAUGUUGCACCAAACGCUUCUGGGAUCUUGGCGAGUUUCAUGGAUAGGAAAUUCAGCGAAUUCAGAAACGUGAGAUUUAAUUUGUUGGCUAUGUACAUGUACAGCAGUCUAUGCGAAAGUUUUUUGGACCACACAGGACAUUCGGUCCUGGGACCGAACCAAAUUUUGUCAGACCGAAAAACCUAAUGUAAAAAGUGAAACACGUGAAAAUACAAAACCAAGGAAAUCUUAAUUAUUAUACUAGUAAUACUAUACCAGGGAUCCCUCCCGCAUAAUACUUCCAUGCGGUUUAAUCACAUUCAUUUACGUAUUUGAAUUUGUGUGAUAUUUUUUACUUAUAACAAACAUUUAAAUGACUCCGCGUCAAAAUAAUAAAGCUUAAAACCGGAUACUGAGACAUCGGACAUUCCGGUGCGGUGUAAAAAAUGACACAUCGGACCUGAGGCACUGCACAUCGGUCAGGUCCGACGGUCCGAUGUCUUUCGCAUAGACUGACAUUUAUCUUACCUUUACAGAAAAGAAUCAUGCAGAAAUAAAACACAGUCACGAUAUCUGUCAUGCUGCAAAAAAUCUGGGUAAGAAAUUGAUUUCAGUUAGCAAUUCUACGCUUCUUGAUAGGUACAUACUUUCACUUCAUGUUCCUGUAACUUUCUGACUGAGACCUCUUAACUUUCUACUGAUAUAUCUCGAGUCUAUUCACACAGGCAUGUAUGUCAUGGAACCAUAUUAAAAAAAAGAGAAUAAAACCAAUGCUGUAUCUAAAAAAAACCCACUUUAUUUCAUGUCCAUUCAUAGAUGCACUGUGUGCAGUAUAUAUAAUAUCUUGAAGGCUAUCAAGAUAUUUUGAUCUUAUAAACUGUUCUUGUUUUUCAAGACUGGGGAAGAGAAAAAUUGCGAAGAUUUACUGAAAUGGUCCAAAGAUAUAGUAAAUCAUUUGAGGUACAUUUGAGAUUCAUAAUAACUAAAGUUACAUGUGUAAUUAACCUAUCGUGCAUUGCCAGUCAAUUACGUCAAAAGUUAUUGCAAUUUUUCAUUGUCAAUGUCAGUUACUAAGUCUCUCGCCAAAUUUAUCAUAACUGAUACUGCAGAAUGUAUAAGAUUCAUAUUUUCAUUGUAAAAAUGGUUGUCUUACGAUUCUAUUGAAUUUUGUUGUAGUUUUUCACGCUCUUCACGAGAAAUAGUAAUGAAUGAAGUUGUAUUCGACUUUCGAAUUCGUCACAGUGAAAAAUCCUUUACUCCGGCUGAUCAUUCUAUGGUUCAAGGACUGAGACAGCAGAGAAUCAUGAGUAGUGCUGGCAAGAAACUUUUCAAAGAAUCGGUGUGGCAACACACAGCGGAAUUGGCAGUAUUAACGCGAAACAUUGACUCUUUCACUCCACAAUGCAUGGAGCAAGGUGUAAAUCUCUCAGAUGUCGAGAGGACACAGGAACAUGUUAACGAUCUACUGAAAAGAUGUGACAAAUCAGCUCGCAUCUACGAACAGUUUUUACAUUUUAGAAUGGCACAGAACUUUAGAAAGUGAGACUGAAUUGAAAUCACUACAACAGAUGUCAUCCUCUGUUAAUAAAUCAGUUGCUUUAUUUAUAAACCAUUUGAACUCUUUAAAUCCAAAGAUAAAUCAAGACCAUACAUCACAUGCAUCUCAUGGGAGCAGAUCAGGCAAGUCGAAUCUUUCUCGAGUCAGUUCAAAACUUAUUCAGACACUAUUACAACACAGCUAAAGUUGAACAAGCUCGUGUUCGUAUGAAGUAUGCACAAGAGGAAGCCGAAUUGAUCAAACAGGAAGCUGCUACCAAGACCAGUAGAGCUAUUUUAACUUGUAAGUAAGAAUUAGAAGCAGCGGAACAAGGUCUUGAUGCUGUACAAAAAGUGCUGAAAUGCUCUGAUGUUAGUGAAAGUGUAUCCAAGGACUCUGAAAGCAGACAUGAAAAACAAGAAGCUGACAAUCUGACAGAGAGAUAUGUUUUGUCUAUUAACAAUAAUAACUCUCAUUCAUAUGUCGAUUUGAUAUAUCCCCACGAGAUCGAAAUAAAGGACACCACAGAGUCGUCCACUUCUGCUUCAUACUUCGAUAUUUUAUUGAAAGUAGACAUUAACGGCAAAUUCACAACUCAACUGUAUGACAAACGGGAGGAUUUCAGCUUCUCCAUCGUCAACUUCCCAUAUUUAUGUAACGAUAUUCCAUUAUCACCAGCAUAUGGUGUUUAUAUAUCUCAACUGAUUCGAUACACAAGAGCUUGUUCUACGUAUAGUCAGUUUUUAAAUCGAGGUAAGCUACUGACAAACAAGUUGAUGGUACAGGGGUUUCAACACUCUCUAUAGAAGUCAGCAUUUCGCAAAUUAUAUGGUCGUUAUAACGAUCUAGUUCGUUAAUACAACCAUUCAUUGGGUCAAAUGCUGUCUGACGUGUUUCAUGCAGAUUGUUAAGCCGUUCUUGGCACACUGAUUUUGACUGCGGAUAACUCCGUUUACCUGAACAGGAUAUAGGGUUCACGGCGGGUGUGACCGGUCGACAGGGGAUGCUUACUCCUCCUAGGCACCUGAUCCCACCUCUGGUGGGUCCAGGGGUCCGUGUUUGCCCGAGUUAUGAGAUUGCUCACUGUUUGUUAUCUUCACCUUUCAUGUUAAGGAGAUAGUGAAAAUAAACAUCCCUCCACCUGAUCCAGUGAUUUCUGAAAAAAAUGCCUCUGCUGGAAUAGAAGAAACCCAACAGAUUCCUUUCUCUGAGCCUCUACAAUCUUCAUUGAAUCCAGCAGUUGUUCCGUUUGUGCCACAGAUCAAAACUAAAGAGACAGAUGCUGUAGAGCUUGCAAAAGUUGUUGUUAAAAAUUAGAUGAUCCCACAAAGACUUUGGAAAUUCAAUGGUGAAUGUUCACGUUACUUGACAUGGAAACACGGUUUCUUGAGUGUGAUGAAGGAGACACUAAUUCAAACACAUUAGAGCUUUAGGACCUUCUACUGAAUAACUUAGGACAGGUGUGCAAAGUGCAGUGUGAAAACGUAGGAUCUACAAAUGCUCGUAAUCCAGAGAGAACCCAGAUACAAUGUACCUGGGAAGAGGCCUUCCGAAAAUAAACCGGGAAACUUUCUGUAUCCAUAAUGAAAAAAGUCCGGAAACUGUUUGACCUAAUUUUAGUCCUAAUGUAGUUCACGCACAGAAAUGCAAACUGAACUUUGCAAGGUGACGAUAACGAACAGUGAUCAAUCUCAUAACUCCUAUAAGCAAUACAAAAUAGACAGUUGGGCAAACACGUACCCCUAGACACACCAGAGGUGGGAUCAGAGUAGUAAGUAUAGUAGUCUGGGGUCUGUAUAGGGUCAGUCACCUUGACCUAGAUAUGGGGUCACCUUGUGAAAAUAAGGUCAGGGUCAGUGACCUUGACAAACCAGGUCACCUUGAUAUGUGGGUCACCUUGAGAAAAUAAGGUCAGGGUCAACAACCCUAACAGCCAGGUCACCUCCGCAUAUAGGUCACCUUGAUAGAAUAAGGUCACCUUGAUAAGAUAAGGUCACUGUGAUAAAAUAAGGUCACCUUGAUAAAUAGGGUCACCUGGAUAUAUGAAUCCGUCUGAGGUCACCGUUUUAGAGUAAUUACUAGGUCACCUUCACGGGGUCACCUCAAUAUACAUGUCACUAUACCUAUUGUUUCCGUCUAAGUCAUCCAUCCUGUCCUAUAAAUCUCGAUAUAAUUCAGUAUCUUACCACACAUUUUAAUUACUUCUUUAAUCAUGGGUGAACACAAUACACAGUAUAAAUGGAAAAUUCUUGCGUGGAAUUGUAUUGGAAGAGAUCAGAGAAAAUUUACUCUAUUAGAAGGAGAAUGGUUUGACAAAAAGGAAGAGUGUGUUGCCGAUUUUAAAGAAACAAUGAGAGAAGGAUACGAUGUCGCAGACUGUUGGGGAACACAGGGAUACUUACUAAAACGUCGAAUCAUGCCGAAAAAGUACUGUUUGUAAUAAGUAAAGUGUUUUAAAACGAUGGUGAAAAUACAGAAGAAAGUUCAAUUUGACAAAUUUGUUCAAAUUAUAUCAAUACCCUGUGAAGAUCGGAAGGGGAUAUGGAUGCAGUAUGCUAUAGAUAGAGCCCAUUUUAAAAGGAGAAUUGAACAAGCUGAGAUAUUAUUGUCACCGACUUUACUUUUGAAAUUAAAUGACAUGAAAAUGUCUGAGGUCAAGUGUAAUCAACGUUUGAAAUAAGGGCGUGACACAGUUACUGUGUAUAUAAACCGAUGUAUUUUAGCAAAAGCAGUCAUACAUCUUAUGUUGAGAAAAAAUGGGAGGUCUGGCAAUCGAGAGACAAUUGAGGAGAAUAAAAUUGCAAUGGAUCAGAAUGUGUGAACAUAUUUUAUACGUUUUGAUCAAACAGAAAGAAGACGAUCUCUUACUACUUACAUGCAUCAUGAAAUGUAUGGAAACUGUGUUUGCUAUUAGUAAACAGAUUAAAAGUAUGAAAAGGGGAAAUAUGAAAGUCUGUCAAGCAAACUGGAAAAAACUUGGAUGCCAGGUGGAAAAGUUUAAAGAGUUGACAGAAGAAAUGGACAACAUCAUGUAUCGGCUUGAUUAUACAAAAAGAGAAAUAGUUCGUCAGUCAAAUACAAGUACCCAGCGGGUCUUUAGAGGAAUGGUGAAUACUUUAAAAAGUAUUUUAAAUACAUUUCCAAACAACAAAAUCCUGAGAAAGAAAAGAUUUAAGAGAACUGUGAAUUUAUGUCGAGGUCAGGAUUUUACCGGUUUUUUUUAAAUCAAGAUAAUGAUAGACAAUCAAAACGUCUGCAGUCACUUUAAAUGUACAACACACCACUCCCAUCGAAAAGUCUACGGUCAACCAACCCACGUGAUAGUGUAUUAUAAAAAUGUAGUGGCUAUGAACAUAUUUCAUCAGACCUGAGUUGAUCUUAUGGAGCACUACAUCGUUUCAGCAGUUAUGGAGCCAAAGCACCAAGACAUUAUUAAGGCUAACUACACGACUUUGGUAAAGAAAAUGAUACCAUCUUCGGUCGCCGGACAUCUCUUUGUCUCUAACAUUAUAACAGACGAAAUGAAAGAACAAAUUGAAGCAGAGAAAACCAGUUACGACAGAAACAGAAAACUAAUAAGUAUCAUUCUCCGAAGAGGGCCUAAAGCUUUCAGGGGUCUCCGGGUGGCUCUGAUGAAAUCCAACCAAACGGAGUUAUCCAAGCUUCUCGCUGGCAGUGAUGAUACUACAUCCGAGUACCAAAAGAAAUUAGCCAUGGCCAGGUCAUUAAUAGUGAGUACAGCCGAAAAGCGAAAAGUGAAUGUGGAACCACAGAGGAGCUCUGUUGAACGACAAGAGUCUCAAAAUCAAGAACGAUGUAGGAUCAAUCUGGAUGACUUCAAUGACCUUUUCCUCACAGCUGUUCCCUUUAAGGGAGAAAUCAACAUUCAUAUCCGUCACUUUACUAAUGCAAACGGUCACUUUUUUGCAACAAAGAAGGGGGUGACGUUUCCGUUAUCAAGAUGGCUGAUGUUUGAAUCCAUUCUACCAGAUAUCGAAGAGAAUCUGCAAAGCAGUGGAACGGAAGAAAUGAAAUGGCAUAUCGGCGGUGGUGUGUAUGUCUCCAUCACCCCCGGAUAUGCUACGGUGGACAUAAGACACUUCUGGAAACCAGAGGAUGCCCCGGAGCCGGUUCCAACACGAAAGGGUGUGACGUUAAACAAACACAAACUGACCAGAUUACUACAGGCCAUUCAAGAAGUGCGAGAAUGUGUUCCCGAGUUAAAUAACGCAGAACUGUGUGCAUUCAGCGAAUCUCAUCAAAAUCAACUGGGGAUGUUGAGUUGUCCCGAGUGUACACCCUUCGGGUAUGAACCUAAAGAGACCAGUGCCUCCAUGGAAUGUAAUGUUGGUGACUCACAAGACUUAUUCAUAAGUGAAAGUGACUGUGAAUAAAGUACUGUGAAAUCAGUAAUUUUGUAGAUGUAUUCUUGUUCAGAAAAAAAAAGGUUACUGUAAAUUUAAAAGAACUUUUUGUAUAAAUCAUAAUGUUUUUGCAAAAGUUAUAUAAUGUAAUAAAAAGAAAUAAA